GUCGAGAAGAUGGAAGAGAGUAUCGCAAGCCUCGUCUCGAGAGUGAUAGCUCGUUUCUCUCAUCUUCUAGACGCUACCCAGAAUCCUAUCGUUUAUCGCCCACUCUUAAAUGUUCACCCAAAGCUUGUGGAUGAGCAGGCCAGAUUCGAAGUCUGGGCUGGAAACGUUGGCGCGCAUAAGACUAGCCGCUCUUCCCUCGAGUAUCGACUCCGCGAUGCGUCACAAGUAAGAAUUUUUGUUGGAAGACUCCUAACGAGUCUCAUCAAAUGCAUCGAUGGCGCAAUCAAAACUCUCAACGAUCUAAGUGUACCACCAAGUGAGCAUGAGGGUAGCGGUCAAAAGCAUGAGGACCUAAUCUCAGAUCUUGAAGCAUACAUGGAACGCUUUCCUGACAUCAUCAAUUGCCUCAUGAGACUCAUCAUCACGAUUCAAAAUCCAGCGCCGUGGGAUCGUUUCCUGGUUUCGACGAAUAUAGACACUUCGGUAUUCGAGAUAUACGACACUCAACACGUGAGCGCAAAAUUCGAGGGAAUCGAUAGUCAGCUUGCGGAGCGCUUAGGAAAGGCAAUCUCAAGGCGGCGUCAGUACUUCAAGUAUAGAGAGGUUCGUCACGAGAAGCUUUCGCGUCAAGCGGAUGAACAGGCAGACACCAACGUGACGGACACCAUGUCAAGUACCGUGGCAUCUUCUAUCUACGAUCACUCGAAGCCACUCUCGCAGAUCUACGACUUUAGUGAGUCUCAAGACGUGGCUUCCGUGACCUCAUACGACGCUUCAUCUUUAGGAGAUCCUGAAGAAAGGUCGGUCCCAGAAUUGCCAAAGGAAGCAUACGAUGGACCAUUUGAAUGCCAAUUCUGCUUCAUGAUUGUGGACAUAAGAGACACUCGCGCCUGGAGACAACAUGUGUACGACGACCUACGUCCGUACAAUUGCCUAGCCAAAGAUUGUAUUACGCCGGAUCGAGUUUUCGGGAAGAGGCAUCAAUGGAUGCAUCACAUGCUGCAAAAUCACCUCAGGAUAUGGCGUUGCCCUUUCAAUUGCAACCGUACUUUCAAGUCUGCGUCUCAGUCUGCAGAACACUUGCAGACGAAGCAUCGAAGCAGGGUACGUGACGAGCAUAUCGACUUCCUGGUCAAACGGAAUUCUCAGCCCUUGGGUGAGAACGCGGAGGUAACAUGCGAGCUUUGCUCCGAGACGCUCUCGUCGUUGAAGAACUAUCGGCAUCAUGCAGGAAAGCAUCAACAGCAGCUAGCUCUGUUCGCCCUCCCCCAUGUUGAUGAACCGGAGCCCGAACAAGGCCAAGCCAACCAGGCCUCGAACAAGAAACAAGAUUCAGACUCUGACUCCGAGGCCGAGGCUAACUCUGACAACGGGGCCAAACCUGACCCCAAGGACCGGCGCCCUGUCAAUGAUCCGCCUAUGUUCACCGUCAAUAUAAGCAAUCCGUUCCAGAAGAAGCGGUCUUAGCGGCUCGCCUUGGAAAGGCCAGACAGCCAGAUGUCGCCCAGGCCGCCACUCUAGAACACCAAGCCCAUGAUGACGGGUCCGGCCAGUCGAGGCUGGAAACCCAUCACUGAGAGACCGACGCAACUUGAGUGAGAAUCUGUGGGGGG